CUGAAGUAACUGAUUCGAGCGUUCUAAUAAAUAAUCUAUCUAAUUACCGUCCGCGAAACAGAAAUAAUAUUUUGCAAUUCAGAAUAAGCAUCACUUUUACCGAAUUUGAUUCAUUAAUAAACAGGAGAAUAAUCUUCGUUGAGAGUGACUACAAACUAUAAGAAAAAAUAGUUCUGAGGCAGAGGCAGAACUUUCAGCACUUCGCUAUCGGCGCACAUUAAAGUCGCUUACUAACCUCUAAGAUAGUUUGCAACUAGCCAGGACAUGUCGGAUGCAACUUCGUUUGAAAUGGGCUUGGUCGACCGGCCGCCGAACCGCUUCCAAGUGAAUCCUGUAAACCAUAAUAAGAAAAACAACGACAGCAACGAAAACCACAAGUCGCAUGCAGCCGACGACGCCGACAGCGACGGACCUCAUGAGAUAUACCGCCGGCUAACAAACAACGAUGGCGACCUGCUCGAGGACGACACUUUUGACGCGACACAAUUGCUAAACAAGCAGCAGCAGCCCAGGCAGCAAAGGCUUUCGAUCAAAAGUAGUUUUCGCGAUAAAGACAAGCCGUCACGGCUAAAGGAUCUGCAGACAACAACUCGCUUUCAAGUGGAGCCUCAGAAUGAGGAAUCCGGUGACUCGAACGACUCGCAAGAGGAACGUGAGCUCCUUGAUAAUGAGUAUGAUACAAAAUACGGUAAAAGCUUUCGGCAUUUCACACGCGAAGCUCUUCCACGGCUUGAUAACUAUCGCAAUAUGAUGUCCAUCCAGGCCGCAUACCGUCCAACGCUCGACGAGCUGCAUAAUUCAACGCUGGUGGGCAAGAAUACGCACAGCCUACAGCGCAACAUGGAUCUGGAGUCGGGUAAUACGAGCGGCAUCGUAAAGUUCGGAUGGAUCAAGGGUGUUCUUAUUCGCUGUCUGCUUAAUAUUUGGGGUGUGAUGCUCUUUCUGCGGCUCAGCUGGGUGGUGGGCCAGGCUGGCAUCAUCGAGGGCUUCAUUUUAAUACUGACAACAACUGCCGUCACGACGAUAACGGCACUCUCAAUGUCGGCGAUAAGCACCAACGGUGUCAUUAAAGGAGGCGGCACCUACUACAUGAUAUCGCGCUCUUUGGGGCCAGAGUUCGGUGGCUCCAUUGGUCUGAUUUUCUCGCUAGCAAAUGUCGUUGCAUGCGCAAUGUAUGUUGUCGGUUUCUGCGAAUCGGUGCAGGACAUGCUAACAGGUUUACAUGUUCAAAUUAUCGAUGGCGGCAUUGCUGACGUGCGUAUUAUUGGAUGUGUCGCUAUAUUGCUGCUUCUUAUACUUGUUGUCGUCGGUAUGGAAUGGGAGGCAAAGGCGCAAAUAGGGCUUCUCUUCAUUUUGCUGGCCGCGAUUGGCGACUUUAUUAUUGGCAGCUUUAUUGGACCCAAGAGUGAGGAGGAGAAGGCUAAAGGAUUCAUCGGCUACAACGCCACAAUAUUCCGCGAAAACCUUUUUCCGGACUAUCGACAGGAGAAUAAGGUGCCGCAUGACUUCUUCUCGGUUUUUGCCAUAUUUUUUCCUGCGGCAACGGGCAUUUUGGCAGGCGCUAACAUAUCGGGCGACUUGAAGGACCCUCAAAAAUCCAUACCGAUGGGUACUAUUUGGGCCAUAGUCAUAACCACUGCUACCUAUUUGUUAAUGGUUUUGAUAUGCGGCAGCACAGUGGCGCGCGAUGCAACCGGUCAGCUUAGCGCUAUCUUGAAUGGUACCUUUGUAUCUCCCAACUGCACAGAGGUGCCCUGUAAGUUUGGCCUGCAAAACUCGUUUCAGGUAAUCGAAUUGGUUUCUGGCUUUGGACCUCUCAUAUAUGCCGGAUGCUUUGCUGCGACUCUAUCAUCAGCGCUGGCCAGCUUGGUUUCAGCCCCGAAGGUUUUUCAAGCACUUUGCAAGGACGAGCUGUAUCCGAAAAUUGUAUGGUUUGCCAAGGGCUAUGGCAAGAAUAAUGAACCGGUUCGUGGAUACGUUUUGACCUUUAUUAUUUCCACGGCCUUUAUUCUAAUUGGAAAACUCAACCUGAUUGCACCGCUCAUUUCGAAUUUUUUCCUCGCCGCCUACAUGCUGAUCAACUUUAGCACAUUCCAUGCCAGUCUGGCUAAGCCGGUAGGAUGGCGGCCAACUUUCAAGUAUUACAAUAUGUGGCUCAGUCUUUUGGGCGCCGUCCUUUGCGUGGCUGUUAUGUUUCUAAUUUCGUGGGUGACCGCGCUAAUUACCUUCUGCGCGGUAUUAGCAUUGUACUUAAUUGUGGCAUAUCGUAAGCCCGACGUUAACUGGGGAUCGACCACACAGGCGCAGACCUAUAAGAACGCCUUGAUGUCCGUGCAGCAGCUGAACAACGUGGAGGAUCACGUUAAGAAUUACCGGCCGCAAAUCCUCGUCUUAUCAGGUCUUCCAAGCACUCGUCCUGUUCUUGUUGACUUUGCCUACAUGCUGACCAAGAACCUCUCCCUUUUGGUUUGUGGGCACGUUCUGCGCUGCUCGACCUCUCAGAACCGUAACUAUCUGAAGGAUCGUGCAUCUAAUUGGUUUCGUAAGCACCGCGUGAAGGGCUUCUACGCUUUAGUUGAGGGCGAGGAUUUUGAAGCAGGCACACGUGCUCUCAUGCAGGCCACAGGCAUCGGUAAGCUUAAGCCCAACAUUAUCCUAAUGGGCUACAAGAGCAACUGGCAAACUUGCGAGAACAAAGAAUUGGAGCAAUACUUCAAUGUUAUGCACAAGGCUCUUGACAUGUACCUUUCCGUGGCUAUACUUCGAGUGCCCCAGGGAUUAGACUGCUCGCAAAUUCUUGGUUCUCCAGACGCGGGAUGGACAGUAGCAAGCUGCAGUCUUGACGUACCGCGCACUCUGCAAUCUAACGAGAGCUCUGGUGACCUGCAGUCUACUGAGCACAGUGCAGCCAACGGACUAAGUGGAAGUGUGGACUCCCUAAGUCGUAAUGUCUCCCAAGGUGGCACCAAUGAUUUGGCCUGCACUGACCACGGUCUGAAGAAUGUCAAAUUACGUUUCAAGCAGGGCCUACGUAGAAUAUACUCUUGGCUAGCAAAAAUUGCGACAUCCAGCACGAGCGAUUUAUCAUUCAUAGCGGGCCAGCAAACAAAAGAUGUGUCCGGAGUACCCGACCCCCUGAACACUAAGGCCGCCAUUGUUGUACAUAACACAGUAAGGAAAUCGAAGCAAAAACACGAUGAUCCAACCAGACUAUACAGAGGGCCCGGCGGAGUCGAACUACCAAAGGAGGUGCUGGCUGACUUGACACAAUUCACGCGUAAGCGCAGCCACGCUAUCAUUGAUGUCUGGUGGUUAUACGACGACGGUGGUCUUACUCUGCUUCUGCCCUACAUUAUAAGUACGCGGCACACCUGGCAAUCAUGUAAAUUGAGGGUAUAUGCACUGGCCAAUAAGAAGGCCGAGUUGGAGUUCGAGCAGCGAUCCAUGGCAAGUCUGCUGUCAAAGUUCCGCAUUGACUACUCGGACCUAACGCUCAUACCAGACAUAACAAAGAAACCACAGGAAUCAUCCACCCAAUUCUUCAAUGAGCUUAUUAGAGAUUUCGUUGUAAGCGAUAAAGAGAACGGACAUAGCAGCAAAGUAACUCUCAAUGAAGACGACACGUUCAUCACUGACGACGAUCUGUUGGCCGUUGCGGACAAGACGAAUCGCUAUCUGCGCCUAAGAGAAUAUCUUCGGGAGCAGUCAACCAUGUCGGAUCUUGUGGUAAUGACGCUCCCAAUGCCACGCAAGAAUAUAGUCUCCGCACCACUCUACAUGGCAUGGCUGGAGAGUCUCAGUUGUGAUAUGCCCCCAUUCCUAUUUGUCCGCGGCAAUCAGACGAGCGUGCUGACCUUCUACUCCUAGAUAGGUGACACCGGCGGACAGCAGGUGCUCUGCAGCAGCCUACCUAUCACUUAAGUGCACUCUUGCUUGCUGUACAAUGAUUUUCGUUAUUUUAAUUGUACCAUUUACGUAUAUGUAUUUGAAU